AUGAUAAGCAAAACUUCUUUUGUGCUAUUUCUCAUUGCUAUUGCUCUUUUUCUUCAUGAUGUAACUUCUAUAGGUGUUAAUUACGGGACUCUCGGAAACAACCUCCCUCCGCCAGCUCAAGUGGCUCAGUUCAUCAAGGAUAAAACGGUCAUAGACCGUGUAAAGAUUUUCGAUAUCAACCCUGACAUCCUCCGUGCUUUUGCAAACACAGGAAUCUCGCUAACAGUCACAGUACCAAACGGCGAGAUCCCGAAUCUACUGGAUCUCGCCUAUGCUCGACGAUACGUCGAGCAGAAUAUCAAACCUCAUUACCCACAGACAAAGAUGGAUGUUAUUCUAGUGGGUAAUGAGGUUCUUCACUGGGAUACACCUGAGGUACAGAACAAGCUUGUUCCAGCUAUGAAAGUUUUUUACCAAGCUUUGGGUUUAUCUGGGUUGAAGGGUAUAAAAGUCUCUUCAGCUCAUUCGUUGGGUAUUCUACUCCGUUCUAACCCACCCAGUGCAGCCCGGUUUCGACCCGGUUGGGAUGUGGGUAUUCUAGCUCCGAUGCUACAAUUUCUUCGUGAAACAAAAGGUCCUUUCAUGGUAAAUCCCUAUCCCUACUUCGGAUACAACAAGAAACAAGAGGAUUUUCUUCUAUUUAGAAAGAAUAAAGGGGUUUACGAUAGAUUUUCGAAGAAAUGGUAUACGAAUUCUUUUGAUAUGUUGUUGGAUGCGGUGUAUAUGUCGAUGGUGAGAUUGAAGCAUUCAGAUGUGGAGAUUGUUGCUGCUGAGACAGGGUGGCCUUCGCAAGGAGAAGCGUAUGAACCGCAAUGUACUGUGGAAAAUGCAGCUUCGUAUAAUGGUGGAUUGAUGAAGAAAUAUAAUUCCGGGAUCGGUACGCCAUUGAUGCCGCACAGGAAGAUCGAGACCUACAUUUUUUCAUUGUUCAAUGAGAACACCAAACCCGGAUCCAUCGCUGAGAGGAACUUCGGGUUGUUCCGACCCGAUUUCACUCCGGUUUAUGAUGUCGGAGUUUUGAAAAGCAACCAGGCUCACCCAACACCUUCAUUGCCCCCACCAAAAACCGGUGGCGGAGGCAAUAAAGGUCAACCAAAAACACCAGCAGAGAACAAAAAAUUCUGCAUGCCAAAGGUUGAGGCAACUGAUGCACAACUACAAUCCAACAUUAACUAUGUGUGCAGUCAGGGAGUUGACUGCACACCAAUUCAAGUGGGUGGUUCCUGCUUUAAACCCAACACUAUCCGAUCUCACGCAGCCUUUGCCAUGAACUCGUACUAUCAAAAGGAAGGUCGAAACAACUUCAAUUGUGACUUUGCUGGUACUGGUGUAGUCGCCUUCUCCGAUCCAAGUUAUGGAACAUGCAAAUUUGAAUCUUGA